AUGUUCAAAAUGUUCGCGACAGUGUGGUUUCUAGCGGCUUUGGCAUUAGCCGUCGUCGGACAGGCGACGAAUAACGACGGCGACGACGACCAGCGUCAAGGCAGAGGGUGGAAUAUGUUGGAUGGAGCCAAACGUUCGUGCUUUGGAUUGAACGGCCGACCAGGCAUAUGUAUGGGGCAAAGCGAGUGCACCGAAGCUAACGGAAAGUCAGUGGGCAGGUGUUUCCCGUUCGAUGCUUGCUGUUCGGUUACCCCUAAUUCAUGCGGCGGAUCUUCUAGUUCAAACAUCGCGUAUUUCCAAAGCCCUGAAAAAUUCCAAGACCUAUGCUCGUACAAGAUCAACGUCAGACGAAACAUUUGCCAGAUAAGAAUCGAUUUCGAGAGGUUUUCACUCGGCCAACCAACCAAACUGACGUCAGAAUCAGCGUACACGUGUGAACGUGACGAGUUUACAUUGAUUACGAACGGCAACAAUAAGAUAAACGUGCCCGUUUUAUGCGGUGAAAAUGCCGGUCAACACGUGUACGUGCCGGUGAACCAUCAGCAGUCAGAAUCGAGGAGCAACAACAACAACAAUAACAACAACAACAACAAGGAACAGUUGACAUUAAAAUUCCGGUUGACCACCAGGGACGAAGACUACACUGAACCGGAACCAUUUUGGAAAUUGAAGAUCACGCAAUUGGAAUGCCAAACAACGUCGACCAACUGGUGGAAGAUUAAAGACAUCGCACGCCAAGUCUGGGACUGGGAAGAAGAGGAGAGAGACGCCUCGAAAUCCAAGUACAGUCUAGCGCCAGAAGGUUGUUUGCAAUACUUCACUGAUAGACGUGGGUCGUUCGAAAGCUUCAACUACAACAGAGGCAUGGGACACUAUUUAGGAAACUUAAAUUACGCGACGUGCUUCAAAAGAAAUCAAGACACAUGUGGAAUCAAAUACGAGGCGGUGAAAUUCCAAAUGGCGUACAACCAGAGGCUGACCGGUUCCACAGACCGGGACUGUGACACUGCUGCUGACUCCGCGCUGACCACGCUCGCACCGGGACAGACCACUUCACCGCCCGCGGGAACCACUCCUCCACCCGCGGGAACCACUCCUCCACCCGCGGGAACCACUCCUCCACCCGCGGGAACCACUCCACCACCCGCGGGAACCACUCCACCACCCGCGGGAACCACUCCACCGCCCGCGGGAACCACUCCACCGCCCGGGGAAACCACUCCACCACAGAACGACGACGAAUUCGAAGAGCAGCCGAACGGGCGUAGCAGGAGACGGCCGUCCGAACGUGGAUUGCACAACGACUACUUGCUCAUACCGGACGGUCUUUAUUCGGGCUCGAGGUUCGCUUCGAAAUAUUGUGACAAGUCACUGGAAAACAUCGACGACAGCACAGUCAAGACUCAAGGGCCCCUGUACGUGGCAUUUGUCAGCGACGAUUACUCGAAUCCUAACGAAGACGUGGAAAAGGGAUACAAGAUCGAUUAUUCAUUAACAAACACUGGGUGUUAA